AUGGGGGAUAGUCGUAUACCUGAUGAUCACAUCACGGCCUCUUCCCAAUAUAACUGGGUGGACCACGCACCUUGGAAGGCUCGCCUCACAACUAGUGGUCAUUCCGCAUGGUGUUCCAAACAAGCAGUAGACCCGACACCGUGGAUACAGGUGGACUUCUCACGUGACCUCUACGUCACUGGUCUGGUCACCCAGGGGCGAGACAUACAGUACGAUCAGUACGUGAAGAGUUACGAAGUGGCAUUCAGCGGGGACGGCCAAGUCUGGCGACCCGUAACCAAUGCAAGCGGGACGGCCAUAAAGUUCGCUGGUAACACCGACAGGGUCCAACGAACAACUACCAAGUUCGAUGAUGUCCUGCGCACAAGAUUCCUGCGCAUUGUACCCAAAGAAUGGAAUAACGGAUGCUGCAUGAGUUUCGAGGUGAUGGGCUGCAACCGUACCGAGUUGAAACCGUAG